AUGGCAACUAUCUGGCAGUUGAGGGAGAGGAUUGCCGAAGCCCUGCAGAGGAAUGGAUUCGUUUACAAGUACGAUGUUUCACUGCCACAUAACAGCUUCUAUCAACUGAUACCUGUCCUGCAAGACAAACUAAAAGGAACCGAUGCUAAAAUUGUCUCAGGCUAUGGACAUUUAGGUGAUGGGAACCUGCACCUGAACAUCUGUGCGCCUCAGUUCAGCCCAGAGCUGCUGGCCAAGAUAGAACCGUUUGUCUAUGAGUGGAUAAGUGAGCGAGGAGGCAGCAUCAGUGCUGAACACGGCAUCGGCUUCAAGAAGACCAAGUUCUUACGAUACUCCAAGUCUGACGCAGCCAUCCACACCAUGAGACAGAUCAAACAGCUCAUGGAUCCCAAGGGCAUUCUCAACCCCUACAAAGUUCUGCCUAUGGAAUAG